GACGCAGUUCGUUCUCCCAGGCUCCGAGUCGCAUUUUCCGGUUGUUUCCUGUCUUCACGCAGAAAUGCCAGACCCAGCGAAAUCGGCUCCAGCUCCCAAGAAGGGCUCCAAGAAGGCUGUUACGAAGGUGCAGAAGAAGGACGGUAAGAAGCGUAAGCGCAGCCGCAAGGAGAGCUACUCCGUUUACGUGUACAAGGUGCUGAAGCAGGUCCACCCCGACACCGGCAUCUCGUCCAAGGCCAUGGGCAUCAUGAACUCCUUCGUCAACGACAUCUUCGAGCGCAUCGCCGGCGAAGCGUCCCGCCUGGCGCAUUACAACAAGCGCUCGACCAUCACGUCCCGGGAGAUCCAGACGGCCGUGCGCCUGCUGCUGCCCGGCGAGCUGGCCAAGCACGCCGUGUCCGAGGGCACCAAGGCCGUCACCAAAUACACCAGCUCCAAGUGAGGGCUCUCGAGAGACGGACUAGAUCAGCUACUUUCCCCCAAAGGCUCUUUUCAGAGCCGCCUAAGUUAUCUGAAAAAGAUGGCUGUAAACACUCCGGUAUAUUUAGCUUUUGGUUAUGUAAGGUGGGGCUGUAAUAAACGUCGUCCUCACUAUUGUGUCAUCUAGCGGUACGAAUCAGUUUCAGCAAAUAACACAAGGUGGGGGUUAUUUUCCCUAACGUACAGGUGGAAAGUCGCUGGUUCCCAUCCUCCUCCCCUCUGAAGGUUUAAUCCGUUGUUUAUUGUCACCACACAUCUUUAGGUAUCUGUCAGAGUCAUACUUAAAAAAAAUCAUUUCCUGGCCUACCUGUAAAUCUUGAUUUAGUCAUGUUCCCCUGCCCUAACUUCCUCUAGCCGAGUGCUUUCUAAUCCUGGCGGGAGAUAUUUUCCCCUACUCCCGUGGGCCAGUUAGUAGUGCUUGGAGACAUUUUUGGUUAUCAUGACUUGGUGGAGGCCAGGGACGCUAUUAAACCCCCUAUACUGCGUGAGACAACCCUCCCCAACAGAAUUAGCACCUAUAGUUUGUGGGAGAAGCCCCAGCAACAAAUAAUUAUCUGACCCGGAACGUCAAUCCUUGUGCCGCGGUAGAAGAGA